AAUUAUUUGAAAAGAAGAAAGUGUGAACGUUUUUGUGCAAAAUUUGUAUGUAUAUAAAAAAGAAUUGUUAAAAAAGUGUCUGGUAAAUAAUUUGGUUGAAUAAAAUUAGCAGAAUUAAUAAAAAUAGUACAGUUUAAACAAAAUUUUAAAUAUGGAUUUAGUUAUCACGCCAGAACCGCAUUUCAUACCAGGCUACACUGGUCAUUGUCCACAGUUUCGCUUUCGUGCUGGUAAAACGUAUGGUAAGCUUACGCAUAAAUUACUUAUUGAUCCCUGUGUCAUACAUGCGCCGGAAUUGAUUGUGACACCUUCCAAUCGAGCACCCAUUUCAUUGGUGUAUCCAACGGCACAUGAAAUCGAGCUUCUGAAUAGACGAGAAAAGUUUGUUGAUCCGGUUUACCGUCAUCCCAUCAUACCCGGCUAUGAUGGUUUUGUGCCUAAUCUCGCAUCGAAAACUGGCAAACGUUAUAUUGCCGCCGCUACGGCUGGCAUGGCUGAACAUGAGUUAUUAAUGGAUCAAUUGCGGUGCGAAAGAAGAAAUUUAGUGCAUAGGGAUUUGUUGGGGAGUGGUUAUGGCGUGUUUGAAAAGAAACUGAACGAGCGAAUGCUACCUUAUACAUAUUAUCGUUCACCGUUAAUACCUGUCAAGGCGCGGGCAAAAGCCUUCCAAAAGCUUGAUUGUAAUUUUGUGGAGAAGAAAGAACGUUAUUCGAAAUUUACUGUACCACAUUUCAUGGAAAACGAUGACGAGGAGAAAUAUAUUGUUAAUGGUUACGGUGGUCACAUACCCAUGGCUUUGGCGCGUUUCGGCGAAACUAGCAAACAGCUGACAAACAGCGCACUAUGUGAGUUCACGAAUAACUAUCAUCAUAGGCGUAGUGCAGAGUGGUGUCCGCAAGAGAAUGCCGGCAUUGGAAGCUCUUGUCCGAAUACUGGACAUUUUGUCAUCUAUCAUCGUACAAUCGGCAUGGUUCCCAAAUAUGCGGGACAUGUACCUGGCGAAGCAUUCACGUUCGGACGCACCUAUGGUGAUGCAACAGUAGAUGCAAAACAUUGGUUGGCGCUCCAUAAGGACUAAGACAGGGAAAGCAGUCAUAUGAAUAAAAAGACUUGUUUUAAAAUUUAUAUUGAAAAUAGUGUAGUUUUUGUAAUUAGUACAUAUACAUAUGUAUA